AUGUCCAAGCCCAACACGGUGAAGAGCGCGGGGGACGGCACCGGGGCUGGGCCGCGCCCGUUGCACUUCGCCUACAGAGCCAUGCAGGGGUGGCGGGUCUCCAUGGAGAAUGCGCACAACUGUAUUCCUGAGCUGGACAGUGAGACGGCCAUGUUCUCUGUCUACGAUGGACACGGAGGGGCAGAGGUUGCCCUGUAUUGUGCCAAGUAUCUCCCAGAGAUAAUCAAGGAGCAGAAGGCUUACAAGGAAGGCAAACUACAGAAGGCCCUGGAGGAUGCCUUCUUGGCCAUCGAUGCCAAGCUGACCACAGAGGAGGUGAUUAAGGAGCUCGCUCAGAUCGCUGGGCGGCCCCAGGAUGACGACGAAGAGAAAGAGAAAGUGGCUGAUUCAGUUGAUGUUGACAACGAGGAAGCGGCUCUUCUGCACGAAGAAGCCACAAUGGCCAUAGAGGAGCCGCUGACCCGCUAUGGACAGAACUGUAUCAAGAACCUCAGAAACAAGUCACUCCCUCCGGCCAGGGAGAUGGGCCGGGAGCAUGGGGGGGAGGCGAGCGUGAAUGGAGAAAGCAGCCCGGGGGAGCUGGCCGAGCACAGGGAGAGGAAGAACGGGAAGCCAGACGAUGAGGCCACGGGCAUUUCCUCCACCUCGGACAGUGCCAACGCUGGGAACAACAGCUGUGCUGCAAAGCAAGCCGAAGUGGGCAGGGGCGAAGAGACGGUCAGCUCCUCCACUGGAAAGCCCCAGGGCACGACCAAGUCCAAAUUUUUUGAAGACAGCAAGGAUGAGUUGGAUGAGGGCAAAGAGGAGGAGGACAGUGAAGAGUGCAGUGAGGAUGAGGAUGGCUACAGCAGUGAGAAGGCAGAGAAUGAAGAGGAUGAAGAUGACACAGAAGAGAUUGAGGAGGAUGAGGACGAAGAGGAAAAGAUGAUGUUACCACGCAUGGAGGGGAAAAAGGAGCCUGGCUCUGGCAGCGGGACAACUGCCGUGGUAGCCCUUAUCCGCGGGAAACAGCUGAUCGUAGCCAAUGCUGGAGACUCUCGCUGCGUGGUGUCGGAGGGUGGCAAAGCUGUGGACAUGUCCUAUGACCACAAGCCGGAGGAUGAGCUGGAGCUGGCGAGGAUAAAGAAUGCUGGCGGCAAGGUCACCAUGGAUGGGAGAGUGAACGGGGGUCUCAACCUCUCCAGGGCAAUCGGCGACCACUUCUAUAAAAGGAACAAGAACCUGCCCCCGGAAGAGCAGAUGAUCUCGGCCUUACCCGACAUCAAGGUGCUGGCAAUAAAUGAGGAACACGACUUCAUGGUUAUUGCAUGCGACGGAAUCUGGAAUGUGAUGAGCAGCCAGGAAGUGGUGGAUUUCAUCCAGGCCAAGAUCAGCCAGAAGGAUGAGAACGGGGACCUGAGGCCUCUCUCUUCCAUAGUAAAAGAGCUCCUGGAUCAGUGCUUGGCUCCCAACCCCUCAGAGGACGGCAUCGGCUGCGAUAACAUGACCUGCAUCAUUAUCUGCUUCAACCCACGCUCCACACAAGCUCACACCGACAGUGGCAAACGGAAACUGGCAGCGGCAGAGGCCCAGGCAGCGGGGGAGGAGAAUGGCAGUGACAGCAGCAAGAAGGCCAAGCGGGACUAA